UUGUAGACAUGGGACACAAAUGUCAGUAUCACUAAUCUACAGCUCCUUUUUCGUCUUUGUACCCAUCCAUCAUCUUCAUUUCCAUCCCAUUUUCCUCACUCACUCACUCCAAACACUCUCACACUCACCUUCUGCAACUUCACACAAAAAACACACUCUUUUCUCUCUCUAAAAAUGGGUUCUCGAACCGGGUCACACCAGCUAAGCAACGGGUUAAUAGUCUCGGGUCGACCCGAGAAUCACAAGGAACGUCAACCCACAAUGGGUUCCCGGGCCGUGCCGUAUACCGGCGGCGACGUGAAGAAAUCCGGCGAGCUUGGGAAAAUGUACGGUGUUGGAAGUGGGGACCACCACCAUCCGGGCCCACCGCCAAUUCUGAAACCCUCAUCAAGAGGAUCAUCUGCAUCACAGCAUAACAGUGGAUCCGUGAGAUCCGGCCCGCAUUCCGGCCCGAUGGGCCACAAACUCACCAACUCCGGCUCGAUGCCGAAGAAAUCCUCGUCUUCUUCCGGUCAGCUGACUCCGAUUCAACCUACCGGUCUCAUUACAUCCGGUCCUUUGAGUUCCAAUAUCGGUCGGCGGUCAGGUCAGCUUGAACCGACCGGUUCGUUUAAGAAAGUUGUUUACGGUUCGUCGGUGACGAGUUUAACUGAUGAUGUAAAGAUGGGUUUUAGGGUUUCUAGGGUUGCAAUGUGGGUGAUUCUCAUAGUGGUGUUGAUGGGUUUGGUUGUGGGUGUGUUUCUGACGGUGGCGGUGAAAAAGGUAGUUAUUGUUGUUGCAUUUGCUGGAGUUUUAGCUCCAAUGGUGUUGAUAUUAAUUUGGAAUUUUGCGUAUAAAGAACGAGGGUUGUUGGGUUAUUUGAAGAGAUAUCCUGAUGCUGAGCUUAGAGGUGCCAUUGAUGGACAAUUUGUCAAGGUCACUGGGGUUGUCACUUGUGGAAGUAUCCCACUCGAAACUUCUUUUCAGCAGAUACCAAGAUGUGUAUAUGCUUCUACAGAACUGUACGAAUACAAAGGUUGGGGUGGAAAAUCAGCACAUCCUAGCCACCGUUGCUUCUCAUGGGGACGCAGGCAUUCAGAGAAACAUGUGGCUGAUUUCUAUAUCUCGGACUUCCAGUCUGGAUUAAGAGCUAUGGUGAAGGCAGGUUAUGGAGCAAAAGUUGUCCCAUUUGUCAAGCCAACCACAGCCAUUGACGUAACAAAGAGUAACAGAGAGUUGUCUCCCAACUUCCUGCGCUGGCUUGCUGAUCGCAGCCUCUCAAGUGAUGACCGCAUAAUGCGCCUCAAAGAAGGUUACAUCAAAGAAGGAAGCACCGUAAGUGUAAUGGGGGUUGUAAGACGCCAUGAGAAUGUCCUAAUGAUUGUUCCACCAGCAGAGCCUAUUUCGACCGGAUGUCAGUGGAUCCGUUUUCUGCUCCCUACUUACAUCGAAGGUCUCGUCUUGACGUGCGACGACAGCCAAAAUGCAGAUGUGAUCCCUGUGUAAGUUUGCUCGUAUAGUUUCAAUUUUGAUUUCUGAUGAGUCAUGGCGAAAGAGUUAAGCCGAUAGCAACGUGAGGCAGCAGAGCCUCCUUGGUUGUGCCCAUGCAAAGAUUCUCAUAGGGAACACGAGCAAGAGAAAACUGAAGAUCGUAGAUGUCUGAAGUCGAUUUUUCCCACGUUUUCACCAUUUUAGUUGAGAUCCAGAAGGAAGAGAAGUAAAAAUACAUUCUACCUUAUGCAGCUAGGCGUGUUGUAUGCUGCAGAUUUCAUUCUGGUUUGGUUCUAGCUACUUUAUUAUGUACAUAAACUAUCUAAGGUGUUUAUAUAUAUAUGUUCAUAUCUUGGCUCUA